UCAACGAUAAAAAGAAUGAUUGGAUUCAAAUGUCUAGUGAUAUAGGAGAAUUAAAAGAUAAGAAGCACCAGCAUUGGCCGAUAAAGCGCGAAGCUGUUAUAGAGGGAGAUUUGGUGCUGGGAGGGCUGAUGAUGGUACAUGAGAGGUCUGACAACCUGACGUGUGGGCCGGUGAUGCCACAGGGGGGCGUGCAGGCGCUGGAGACGAUGCUUUACACGCUGGACAUCGUCAACAAGCUUAAACUGAUCCCGGGCGUCACGCUCGGAGCGCACGUACUGGAUGACUGUGACAGGGAUACGUACGGACUAGAAAUGGCUGUUGAUUUUAUUAAGGGGUCAAUAAGCAACAUAGACGAUGCGGAGUACGCGUGUAACGCAACGGCGGUGCGCAAAGUCAUCUCCGGCGUGGUGGGCGCCGCGUCCAGUGUGACAUCCGUCCAAGUCGCAAACCUGCUCCGCCUCUUCAAGAUACCACAGGUGUCAUUCUUCUCGACGUCUCCGGAGCUAUCGAACAAGGCGCGGUUCGAGUACUUUACACGCACCAUCCCCAGCGACCUGCACCAGGUUAAGGCGAUGGUGGAGAUUGUUAAGCAGCUCGGCUGGAGCUACGUCUCUAUCAUCUACGAGGAGUCCAGCUACGGCAUCAAGGCAUUCGAGGAGUUGGAAGCAUUGCUGGCGCGGAACGGCAUCUGCAUAGCGGUGAAGGAAAAAUUAGCCAAGGACUCCGGCGUCGCAACUGAGACCGCCUACGACAACAUCGUGCAGAAACUGCUCACGAAGCCCAGGGCUAGAGCAACAAGUCCUGUUGUUUGUACUAGGUUCGUGUGCGGCGUGUGGGUUCGGCACAGCAGCACGCCAGUAGUGCGCGCCAGCGGUCGCGAGCUGUCCUACGUGCUGCUGACUGGCAUCCUCAUGUGCUAUCUCGUGACCUUCGCUCUUGUCUUCCGACCUACAGACCUCCUCUGCUCCAUACAAAGAUUCGGCACGGGGUUCUGUUUCACGGUGGUGUACGCGGCGCUGCUCACCAAGACCAACAGGAUAUCUCGCAUCUUCAACGCCGGCAAGCACUCCGCCAAGCGGCCCGCGCUCAUCUCGCCCGCCGCCCAGCUCGCCAUCUGCGCCGCGCUCGUCUCCGUACAAGUGUUGAUUGUGGUGGUGUGGAUGGUGGUGUCGCCGGCGCGCGCCAUGCACCACUACCCCACGCGGGAGGACAACAUGUUGGUGUGCGAUUCCUACAUCGACGCGUCCUACAUGAUCGCCUUCUCCUACCCCAUCGUGCUCAUCAUCAUCUGCACCGUGUACGCCGUCCUCACCAGAAAGAUUCCGGAGGCCUUCAAUGAGAGCAAACACAUCGGGUUCACGAUGUACACGACUUGUGUGAUCUGGCUGGCGUUUGUGCCGCUGUACUUCGGCACCGCGAGCCACGUCCCGCUGCGCGUCACUAGCAUGGCCGUCACCAUCUCCCUCAGCGCCAGCGUCACCCUCGCCUGCCUCUUCGCGCCCAAGUUGUACAUCAUACUAAUUCGUCCGGAGAGAAACGUGCGCCAGAGCAUUAUGCCGGUACGGUACAGUCGGAAACCACCGCCUUCACAAAACUUUACACACACGCAAUCCAAAAAACCGUCUUCAGAUAAAGAAACGCAAACGGAUCCGACUGACUUCAGUAUAGUAACGAAUGGACAAACGGUGACAUUACGACGUGUUAAUUUAGAUAAAGAUGAAACAACGAAACUAGGAAAGGAAAAUACAGCAGAGAAAAAGACCAAAGAUAAUGGAGUAAAAGAUAAAGAUAAAAAGUUAGAAAAGAGACAUUCCAAAGAGAAAUUAAAUGAAAAGAAAAAUUCCAAAGAAAAGAUUCAAGACAGAAGUCAAAAUGUCAAAGAAGAAAAGAUCGUUUCAGAAAAUGUGAAACAAAUAAAUAAUUGUGAUAUUACUAGAGAUAAAGUUCAAUCGAUGAAUGAAAAAUCGGAAUCUUUAUAG